AGUUGAUUAGACGAGUGUCGACCAUUCCUACUGUGAGAUAAAGAAAAAGAUUUGCUUUGCUGUAUUAUUGAUUUAAAAAGUAAAUACUACGUAGAAAGAAGGGCAGCAAUAAAAUACAGAUAAUACACAAAUCACCGGCAAAUUGAAGCAAAAUAAAAAAAUCUACGCAAUUUCGAAGAAAACAGGAAUUACAAUUAAGGAAAAGUGAACAAAUUGCGGCUAUUAACGACGGUCGUUGUUGUGAAACCAAGUUAGGAAAUAAGGAGCCAAUACUCAUCCGCAAAAAGCAUCUAAGCCCCAAGCUCUAGAUGUUACAUUCUAAUACAAAAUAUACACAUAUUUUCAAUAGCACGACAUAAUUAUCGAGGACAAUGAACAACGGUUUUAGUACGGAAGAGGAUUCAAGAGGUGGGCAUGCUGACCAAACAUGUUGUUUGAUAGAUGAAAAUGAAAGAUGCAGAAACACCGCUGGAAACGCGAGCUACAGUAAACGUAUACAAAAGACGGUGAAAGACAAACGUCUUAAAUUGAGCAGCGAUCCUACAUCUCAGCACAUUUACAUAUGCGACUAUCACAAAGACCGAAUUCAAUCCGCUCGCUCCAAAAGACGACGAAAAGAAUCCGAAGACGAUAGUAAUGAUACAGACAUUGACCUACCAGAAGUGCCAGAUCUUUAUCAGCUGCAGAUGAACACAUUGAAGCGAUACAAGAGGCACUAUAAAUUGCAAACACGACCAGGAAUGAAAAGAGCCCAGUUAGCAGAUAUCAUUAUGAAGCACUUUAAGACGAUAAAUGUUAAAGAGAAAGAAAUAAUUACCUACUUCGUAUACAUGGUGAAAUCAAAUUCCAACAAACUAGAUCCUAAAAAUGGUAUUAGUAACGACACCACUUGAAUAGACAGAGGAGUUCGGGCGUACAUCGUAAGUGUGCUGGUGCUCCAUUCGCAUUAAAUUUAAAACUAUUUCUAUUAGCUGUAGAUUUUAAGCAAUUGUUACCGUUUAAGUCACUCACAUUUGUGUAAUAUUUUUUUUUAAACAAUACAUAUAUAUUUAAACACCUAAAUUAAUUUUAUUAAAUACAUAACAUUAGUAAAAACUGCAUUUGGUAAAAAUACACAAAAUGCGUAAAUCCAUUAAAA